AUGUCUUUCCACGCUUCCGCCGAGAACAUCCGCGUCGACGACGGCCACAUCCUCCGCGCCCAGCUCCACAACGGCGGCGGCGACCUCGUCGAUGCCGAGCUCAACCUCAACGAUGUCCUCGGCAACAACAACGGCUCCUUUGAGUGGGGUGGUGCCGGCUUCGCCGACUCCGCCGAGGACAUCCACUUCAGCAUCGAGGGCGGCGACAACGUCCCCAUCCUCCGCGCCCGCCUCUUCAACAUCGAGGGCGAGCCCAUUGACGCCAACGUCAACCUCUCGGAGCGCAUCGGCAACAACGACGGCAACUUCAGCUACAACUGUUAG